GUCUCGCCGACUGAAGCCUGAGCACUUUCCAAGGUCACCAGUGAGGCCUGAAGGGGACGUUGGGGCGCGCCUGAACGAGGCCUUUGAGCAGUACUCGCGGUUGAUUGCAGAAGGGCGGGCAGGCCACCGGAGCCAGAUCAUCCGCUACCGAGAGAUCUUGGGCCUUCAGCUUCAGCGUCAUCAACAGCACCGGAACCUAUUGCACCUUCUUCAGCAGAAUUGUUCAGUCUUUACACCUCAGGGUCAAUAUCUCUUGCCACAAAGACAGUUGAACUUUGGUCGCAGCAUCAUCUCGAUUGAUUAUCACAACGUCCUGGACAAACAUAAGAUUUCCAACAAAAAGGUUUUGUAUCCGGUUGACGGUGAUCAUCCGAUUCGACAGGAAAAUCGACUUGCGAUCCAGCGGUUGGAGGACCUUGGCCUGGCAGUGAUUGUCACAAGUUUCAUCCAUACGGAUUGGAGGAAACGAGCAGUUGUGGCAUCUUGCGCUACUUUGCCGAUCGAUAGAAUCAUCAUCACACAGACUGGGGACGGAACAGGUUGGGGUGGCAAGUUGGACGUGCUCCGUAUCCUUUGCCCACCGUCAGAAGAGACAAGCCUAAUCCACGUUGACGACAAGGCGUCCAUUUGGUCUGAGCCUCGAAACGCUCGUGGUCAGUACUUUGGCACUUGUCAUAUCAAAUAUCCCGGAAAGCCGGCGUGCCCUGGUGUGAGAGUUCACAAAAACUUAUCACAGGCAGUUGAUCAGAUCAUCGAGGAGGACCCGGUGAACCAAGUGAUUCCUGGUGGAAAUGGCCCGGAUCCGGGAUCAUCACAUGUCUCAGAAGGUUAUGCAGUAGCUUUGCCAGUGCCUUGUGAGGAGCUGUACGUCCCACCAGGGGAUCUAAUCAUCCCUUUGCAAGCUGCAGCAGAAGUUGGCGGACUUCAGCGAUCCGCUGUUCCGGCUGAACAUCCUGAUGAUUUGCCGUUCAGUGCUGGCAUUCGACCUGGUGAUCCAGAAGAGAAACUCCGUGCUGUGACCACGCCCUGUUUGCCCGAGUCCAACAUGACGGACGAUGAACUUGCAAAAGUUGGUAUUGUCAUGCUCAUUUUGCCAUUCGGCUACUUACAUUUGGCUCAAGCACUGUGGCAAAACAUCGCUGCUGCCGCUGCUUGA